AUGGCAACUCCGUCUUCUGAUGCUGCAGAUCAAUUUGAUCAAUUUGAUGACGAAGAAUCGGAACAACAAUUGGGUGCUACAGCGUCUGGUAGGAAAAGACUUUUCAGCAAAGAAUUGCGAUGUAUGAUGUACGGUUUCGGUGAUGAUAAGAAUCCAUAUACAGAAAGCGUUGAUUUCUUAGAAGAUCUUGUUAUUGAAUUUAUCACUGAAACUACACAUAAAGCUAUGGAAGUUGGUAGACCAGGAAGAGUUCAGGUGGAAGAUAUAAUAUUUUUGGUGCGCAAAGACCCUAGAAAAUAUGCAAGAGUAAAGGAUUUGUUGACUAUGAAUGAAGAGCUUAAAAAAGCUAGAAAAGCUUUUGAUGAAGUCAAAUAUGUUGAAGACCAACAAUAG